CCUGUCAAACAUCUUGACAGGAAUUCCACCCAAAGAAGACCAAACUUCUCAGUGGCUUUGGAUUCAUCUCAAAGACAAAGGACACAGCCAGAUGCUAGCCUGGUCUGUUUUCUCAUCAGCAGGAGAAAUCUAAGGCAUCUCUUCUUAACUAUUUCAUUUGUAAAUCAUCUGAACCAAAGGAAGUCACCAGCAGAUGAGCACAGACUGAGAUUCUUUGGAAUUUUGACAGCUUCCACUGUGUCAGUCCGUGCUUUCAGAUUUCUUUCUUAAGCAAGGCAACUUAUGACUGGUACCUCUGAAUCUCUGAGCCCACUUUUGAAUAUUUCUCCUGAUAACGAUUUUGCUGUUAGUGUUGCCUUGACAGAUCAGCAAGCAAGUGCGCAUCUAAUUCAGCCAGGCUUGUAUCAAGUCUGGGCUCACUAUGACUUUUGCUAAACUUUUGGACCAAGUUGGUGGCAUGGGUCGUUUCCAAGUCAUCAAUGUGAUUUUGCUGGUCUUCCCAAUGAUACUCCUGGCAUGCCACAACCUCCUACAGAACUUUACAGCCGCCGUUCCUGACCACCGCUGCAGGGUCCCCGCUAAUGACACGUGCAACGAAAACGAGACAGAAAGCUUGGAAUGCAAGUACUUUCUGAGGGCCUUUAUCCCAAUGGAUGGGAACCGGACUUUGCAGAAAUGCCAUCGGUUCAUCACUAGCCAGUGGCCACUCCUAAACUCCAGCACUGUGGAAUCUCAGGACAGGGAUACAAAUACAGAAGCUUGUCCAGACGGAUGGAUCUAUGAUAUGACCGUCUUUACAUCUACCAUUGUAACAGAGUGGGAUUUAGUGUGCGAUUUCCGAACCUUGAAGCAGAUGGCUCAGUCAGUCUACAUGGCUGGUGUUCUUGUGGGCGCAAUCGUGUUUGGUGGCCUCUCUGACAAGUUUGGCCGGAAAGCCAUGCUGAUCUGGUCUUGCCUUCAAAUGGCCAUUUCAGGCUCUUGCGCCGCCUUCGCCCCCAGCUUCACAGCAUACUGUAUCUUUCGUUUCUUGUCAGGAAUGGCUGUUUCAGGUGUUGGACUGAACUGCGUGUCACUUUCGGUAGAGUGGACGCCCAUGCAAUCCCGGGCCACCGUCAGUAUGGUGACAGGCUACAGCUACAGCAUUGGGCAGUUCAUCCUAGCCGGUAUGGCCUUUACCAUCCGUGACUGGCGUUGGCUCCAGCUGGCUGUGUCCUUUCCAUACUUGGCCUUCUUCCUUUAUGGCUGGUGGCUCACAGAGUCAGCCCGGUGGUAUGCUACUUCUGGCAAACUGGAACUGGCACUAAGAGAACUCCAAAAAGUUGCUCGGCUAAAUGGACAGAAGGAGCAAGGAGAGAAGCUCAGCUUAGAGGUCCUAACAGCCAACCUCCAGAAGGAAGUACCCUCUUCCCAGUCAAGGUUUACUGCGACUGACCUUGUGCGUACACCGGUCUUGCGCCGGCUAACCUGCUGCCUUUGUUUUGUAUGGUUCUCCACCAGCUUUGCUUACUAUGGGUUGGCCAUGGACCUGCAGAACUUUGGGGUCAGUAUAUACCUCAUCCAGGUCAUCUUUGGGGCUGUCGACAUCCCAGCAAAGCUCAUUGCCUUCUUUGUGAUUUGCUACUUUGGCCGCCGCAUCACCCAGGCGCUGAGUCUCAUUCUGGCAGGGUUUUCUAUUGUUGCCAACAUCUUUGUGUCACAAGAUAUGCAGAUCCUUCGAACGGUCUUUGCUGUUUUGGGGAAAGGCUGCCUGGCAGCUUCUUUCAACUGCGUCUUCCUAUACACUGGAGAACUUUACCCCACAGUGAUCAGGCAGACUGGGAUGGGCCUUGGCAAUACCCUGGCACGUAUUGGUGGGAUUGUGGCCCCCCUGGUGAGGAUGACCAGCGAAUAUUCACCUUCCCUUCCCCUUGUCAUCUAUGGGGCAGCCCCCAUAAUCUCUGGCAUCGUCGCCUGCUUCCUUCCUGAGACUCUGAAUGUGCCACUACCAGAUACCAUUGAAGAUGUGGAGAGUCAGAACUUGAAGCAACAGAAGGCAGUUGAAAACUACAAGGACAAAGUCUUCUCCAUGCAAGAUGGCGGUUUCCUGGAUAUGAGAAUGUUUGGAGAUUCCAGGCCAAUCGGAAGCUCGGAAAAAAGAAAUGUCUUUGAUGUGGCUAGCGGUAGCUGAGGUCACUAAGGAAGCCAAUGUAACACCUUAAGAGAAACACAAAUAAAAACCUCAGAU